AUGCUGUCCACUUGGUUCCACCGCUGGACCAACCGCUCCACGUGCAACAAUCUACCGCAUGCACGGUUUCAUCACCAUCGGCAACCGAUUCGGCAGAUUCGCCGCCAUCUAUCGUCGGGGAUUCAUCGUCGUGGUCAAGACUUGAGGUGCUCGACCCACUGACGUUCAUGGACUUCCAGUGGAUGCCCGUUCCCCCGACCGGACGAUUGUCGAAACCGCAUUGCAAUGUGCUCAUGGCACAACUGCGAGAUUACUUGCACACUGCAGUACCGACUCCGUUGAUGGACGCCGGAGUAAAGGUUGUUGACCUUCACGUCUACAUUGCGAAGAUCGACCGCGAGUUCAAGACGCAACGGUACGUCGACAUCGACGCACCAUUGCUAUAUGUACGCAUUCAGAUCGAAGAAGCAACCUGCAGCGCUUUGAUCGAUUGCGGAGCAUCUCGCAACUACAUCAGCCAGGACUUCAUGGUGCGCGCCGGCCUUGGCCCACGCGUCCGGAGGAAGCCCCAGCCUACGCAAGUCACAUUGGCGGACGGUCACACACACAAGUCAAUCGACCGGUGCAUUGACAGCGUCCCAAUGUACUUUGCCCCUCACGCAAGUGAGGCGGUGUCCUUUGACAUUMUGGACACCAAAUUCGACAUGAUCUUGGGCAUGUCAUGGCUGCGAAGCAAGGAUCACCYGGUGAACUUCUUCAACCGCACCGUUCCCGUUCGUGACCGGAACGGAGUAUUAGUUCCAUGCACGGUGCCUCUUCCUCAUCCUUCGAUCAACUACCACGUGGUAUCCGCCGCAAGCAUGCGAGCUUCUAUCAUCAGAGACGACAUCGAGGAGAUGGGGGUAUGUUUUCUCCACGCCCUCCCGCCCCAUGACGCUUCAUCGACGGACUCACCUUCGGAUCCACGCAUCACCGAGCUUCUCGACGCCAACAGCGACGUGUUCGAAGGCCCGCACGGAGUAGUACCGGAUCGGCCCAUCCGCCACGAGAUCAUCCUCGAGGACGGGGCCGUACCUCCGCGUGGUUGCAUCUACCGAAUGAGCGAGGAAGAGUUAAGUGUGCUUCGGGCACAACUCAACGACCUUCUGGAGAAAGGCUGGAUUCGGCCUAGCUCAUCGCCAUACGGUGCUCCUGUUCUCUUCGUCCGGAAGAAGAACCAGGAUUUGCGGGUGUGCAUCGAUUAUUGCAAGCUCAACACGCAGACGAUCAAAAACGUCGGCCCUCUCCCACGCAUCGACGAUCUUCUCGAGCGACUGGGCGGCGCCAAGUUCUUCUCCAAGCUCGAUCUCAAGUCAGGAUAUCACCAACUCGAGAUUCGCAAGGAGGAUCGCUACAUGACCGCGUUUAAAACGCGAUAUGGGCAUUUCGAAUGGCUGGUYAUGCCAUUUGGCCUUACGAAUGCCCCGGCCACUUUCCAACCGGCUAUGACAACGGAGUUCCGACACAUGCUGGAUCGAUACGUACUUAUCUACCUCGACGACAUCCUGGUGUACAACCGGAGUUUGGAGGAGCAUGUGGAACAUCUGCGCACCGUUUUGGAGCGGCUACGACAAGCCAAGUACAAAGCCAACCGCGACAAGUGCGAAUUCGCGCGGCAGGAGCUGGGAUACUUGGGCCAUUAUGUGACGCCGCAAGGCAUCCGCCCGCUCGCGGACAAGAUCGAGGCCCUACGAGUAUGGCCCGAGCCCACCAACACCGCGGACGUUCGUUCAUUCAUGGGAUUGGGGGACUACUAUCAGCGAUUCAUCACCGGAUACUCCGGGAUUGUUGCACCUAUGAUGAGGUUACAGUCGCCAAAGGUGCCAUUCGUAUUCGAUGACUACGCACGCCGGUCAUUCCAAGCACUUAAGGCGGCUAUGCUCAUGGCACCCGUCCUUAGCAUCUAUGACCCCACCUUGCCGACGAGAGUGACUACGGACGCUUCCGGCUAUGGCAUUGGGGCAGUCUUGGAACAGCACGACGGCGACGACUGGCACCCUGUGGAGUAUUUCAGCCACAAAGUGCUUCCCAUCAACUCGCUUGAUGAGGCAAGGAAGAACGAGCUACUCGUGUUCGUCAUGGCUCUCAAGCGAUGGCGGCACUUCCUCCUUGGGCGUCGUAGGUUCACAUGGGUCACGGACAACAAUCCAUUGACCUACUACAAGACGCAGGAUACGGUGAGCAGCACGAUCGGACGAUGGAUGUACUUCAUCGACCAGUUUGACUUCACACCGAAACAUCUACCCGGCCUCUCAAAUCGCGCAGCAAAUGCACUAUCGCGAAGACCAGAUCUUUGCGCUAUGACACAUCAUGCCUUCGCAUUCGACGAGGAGCUUCAGCGACACUUCAUCCAGGCAUAUGAGUCUGAUCCGGACUUCGCCACGCUGUACGCACAGCUAUCUUCGGAUCACCCGCCGGCCAGCCACUAUCGCAUGCCGACAGAUACUUGCUCCUCCACUCGAGAGGCAAGGGCUUAUUGUGUGUCCCACGCGACCGUCAUCUUCGGACUCGCCUCCUCGGCGAGUAUCAUGAUUCACGACUCGCCACCCAUUUCGGAGUCAACCGCACUAUUGCACGGCUUCGACAGCGAUUCCGAUGGCCCGACCUCAUUACUGAUGUCACUCGGUAUUGCGACUCGUGCGAAGUUUGCCGACGCAGCAAACCCCGCAACCGCAAUCCCUAUGGCGAGUUACACCCGAUGCCUAUCCCACGGGAACCCGGUCUCUUCAUUGCCAUGGACGUCACCGGUCCGUUUCCUCGCGACCAGCUCGGGCACGACGACAUCCUCACGGUUGUGGACCGAUUGAGAUUCCGGCACAACAAUGAAACCAAGUUCGGCUC